CAGCGGUUCUUAACUGUGGCCAUCUUGUUUUAAUUUGUAUUGGUAUGAAUCCAAUGGUAUAUUUAUUUUCUUCAAUUCUCGAAUUUUUAUUGUGAAUAUCGAAGGAGACGCGAAUUAAUUCUACCGAAAAUUUGGCUAUGUGGAAACGCAGUUUUCAGUUAUUAAAUAGUGCCUGGAGGACAAAGUUUAUUUGUAAAAAUUUCAUGGCAAAAAAUGUUUCAUUUUUGUCAGGAAACAUUGACGAUUCUCGAAGUAUCUUCAUGGGAAGUUCUACUGGUACUACGACAUCUAUAUUUCUGAAAAAUUCACUUGUUGGAUUCAGUGACACAAAGACAGAAGUGUAUUUUCCUAAUUAUACUAAUAUCGUCAAAGACAUCCCAACUUUGCAAGUCAAAAAGAAUGCACAAUUGUUGACAUUGUUAAAAAAUAAUAUGAAUCAUAACUUAUAUGAGAAUGGUAACAUGCUGGUUAAGGAUAAAAUUGAUAAUCAAUAUUGGAUGGGAAAUUUAUUGAAAAAACGGCGAAGGAAAAUGAACAGGCAAAAAUACAAAAAAAGACGCAAACGAGAUCAAUUCAAAAGAGAAGCUCUGAAAAAUCUGCGUUUGAGGAAAAAACAAAGAAAGGAAAGAGCAAGAGAACGCAAACAGGAAAUUCUUUCAAAAAUGGUGGUUAAUACAUCAAUAUCAAGGAGAAGAACAAGAUAUUUAGCUCAUAAACUUCAACCAGGUGUAAUGAAGGUGAUGGGCUAGCAUAAUUUUAAAAAUCUUAUAAGAUUUCAUAGAUUUAUUUCUAUAUUCUUCAAUCAUAUGUCCAUAAAGAGAUCAUCAAAAAAAAACAAGUCUAUGGUUUUCUUUCUAUCAUCAUAGUUACAUAAAAAAUCACGAAAGUAGCACCUAGGUAUACAAAAUUUUCUUCCAAUAGAAGUGGAUUUGUCAAAUUGACUGUUCUUACCACAGUUCAUAUCUUUAUAAUUCUUAAUCACAUACUUUAAAUCUACCAAAGAAAAGGAACAAACCUAAAUGAAAUAUUAGAAAGAGGUCAGCACAUUCCUUGCAUUUUCUUAGAGAUAUACCUUACCUUUAAAAAAACAUUUAAUAAACAGAUGGUUGAUGUGUGGGAGCAGUCUCUGGUAUAUUCUGAUAAUCUUCAUGUCUUGGACCUAAAUAAUAAUUUAGAAAUCAUUUUUUGUCAAAUAUCACAAACAAAACGAUCUCAAAUAUUUUCAUAUUCUAAUUUGACGUGAACAACUUGUUUGUUUUAGUAUAGUCAAACAUCCCUGUAUGUUCCUGAUAUCCCAACAAACUACUAUCGUACCUUGAGAUGAGGUGAAUGCCUGUGUUAUUUUACUAUAAUCAAAUGUCCCUCCACGUUCCUGAUAUCCCAAGAGAAAAAAUAUAAUUGUAACUGGCUGAAACAAAUAAAAACAACUGAAUGUAAGAAAAUUACAAUAAGACUUUGAUAAAAUGCCAUUGAACCAUUUCUUACCUUCAAGAAUAGAUUAAAGAAAGAAAAACUAAAUUUGUUAAAGAAAAUUUUACCAGUCAACAACUAUGAGAUGUACAGAAUAAAACACACUUCAAAUAGACUUAUUUUAAACUCAAAAUUUGACAUGUAUUGUACAUAAUUAUUUAUCAUCUGUAAAGGGUAUUUGGUAUUAAGAAAUCAAAAAUAUAAGGAUACACAACAGCAAA